UUUUGUACUGUGUCCGCUGCCUGUCCCUUUAAUAAUGCGGCCCCACUAGCCUUCACGUUAUGUUUCCCGGUCGCCCCCAGCAGAGUGAUAUUGAGCACCCUCGGCCCUUUUUAUUACUGGAAGCUGAGUGAAUGACAUACAAGGUGAUGGAUGCUUUGUCUGUAGUUAGUCAACUGAGGGACUUGGCUUCAAAAACGCAGAAUAGAGAAGCCAUUGUCAAAGACAAGGGGUGUCUUACUGGCCUCGUGGUAUUCCUGGAACACUGCAAUCUACAAGUAUUACAUUGUGCCCUUCAGGCACUGCAUAAUCUGGCAGAAUGUCCCUGUAAUAGAGAGUUAAUGAAAAAUGAGUUACGAUUGGUGAGCAAUCUUGAGAGACUUCAGAAAAGGGACCACACAUCAGAAGGCAUCAGCGUUUUAGCAACAGAAAUUUAUGAGCUGUUGAAGAAGCCUGUACAAACUGUCAAAGCCAAAGCUGAUAAUUCUAGCAGUACAAGAAAUGUGCCAGCACAGUUUUUCAUUAACAGCACAAACAAGAAAGCAAAAACAAUCACACUACAGAUAGAUGGACUACAUAACAUGGAUAGCCGAAAUAUCUGUGAAGAAGCUUUGUUAAAAGUUAAUGGUGUCAUCAGCUUUACAUUUCAAAUGGCUCUUCAGCGUUGUGUUAUCAGAACCUAUUCUGAUGUUAAAUUUGAGUCUCUUGCUUCAGCAAUUGCAGCAACAAAAAUACUACAAGCUUAUCAAGUUGUGAAAAACAAGUAUGGAAAAGAGGAUAUCAUUCCCUUUAGCACUGGUAAUGCAAAAAUAGUACAAAAUCUGAAUUUGCCUGAUUAUCUUCCUGAAGAUGAAAGCCCAGAAAUACAGCAUAAUAAAGCUAUUUCACAAACUGGUGUGAAGGAAAACACAAAUAGAACUUGGUUAAAUGUAGCUGCAAGCUUUCUAACCAAAACUUUCUACUGGUAAUAAAGAAAAUUAUAAAGUUUUGCGGUUGGCAAGUGUUUAUCAUCAUUUGUCUUAGGUAUGUGCUACUGGUGGCACAUGGUCAGAAACAUUUGGUUAGGUUUCGUGUUUAACUAAAUAAUUCUUGUAUUGUAACUUUUUAUUUGAAUUAACAUGGGUUUGGUCAUCUCUACUGAAUUUAUUUCCUGAAUUUCUAUUGUAGCCAAUUCUAUUGUAUUGGUUAUCUAAAAAUAUUUGUAAUAUUUUGAUUAAUUUUACAGGAACAGUACUGUUGAAUUGUUUACAUUUUUACUAUUGAUUACAUAUGGUUUUAAAAUAAUCAUUAUGGUUCAGAAUUAAAAUUGAAGUAAAACUUUAACUCCAAGAUGGAAUUAAAAUAUAUAUUUAAA